AGGAGCCAGGACUGGCGACAGCAAAGCAUGUAAAACUAGGCGUCUGGCCUUUUAAUAUACAAAUAUAUGAGCACACCUAGAAAGAGUGAAGUAUUUCCGGUGGGACUACAACUCGAGCGUAGGUGGGUGACAAAAGCGGUAGUAGUGACAACAGCGAUAAAGGGCACAGACGAGGAAGAAGCCAAGAAGAAAGCCGAAAAAGGAUGAAUGUAACGCUGGCUGUGACGAGCUUAUUGCCGGACUUAAACAACAGUCUGCUGGAGGCCAACCUUACUGGCUGGGACGAUGAAUACAAACUCGGCCGUCAGUACACCCUCUGGCAGGUUAUUCUCAUUAGCAUUGUUGCUACCUGCCUCAGCCUCGUGACAGUUAUCGGCAAUAUUAUGGUCAUGGUCAGCUUCAAAAUCGAUAAACAACUUCAAACUAUUUCGAAUUAUUUCCUCUUCAGUCUAGCAGUAGCGGACUUUGCUAUUGGUCUUAUAUCCAUGCCACUUUUUACCGUCUACACAGUGCUAGGUUAUUGGCCUCUCGGCUCCCACAUUUGCGACACAUGGUUGGCCCUUGACUAUCUGGCUAGUAACGCCUCCGUACUCAACCUUCUCAUAAUCAGCUUCGACAGGUACUUUUCCGUUACCAGGCCGCUCACUUACAGGGCUAAGAGAACGACUGUUAAAGCUGGCAUCAUGAUUGCAUGUGCUUGGGGAAUUUCGCUCUUGCUCUGGCCGCCCUGGAUAUAUGCCUGGCCAUACAUUGAGGGUGAGCGCACGGUUCCGGAAUACUCCUGUUACAUUCAGUUCAUCGAGACCAAUCACUACAUCACAUUCGGCACAGCUAUAGCCGCCUUCUAUGUUCCCGUCACUGUAAUGAUCUUUCUCUACUGGCGCAUUUGGCAGGAGACGGAGAAACGACAAAAGGAUCUGCCCAAUCUGCAGGCCGGCAAACAGGACGCAAGUAAGCGGAGCAAUUCCAGCGACGAGGCUUUGGAUAUGGAGGAGUGCAGGAGGCCAAGAAGCGAAUCAAGUACGGGAGCAGGAGAUGAGGCGAAUUCCACGCAUAUUGCUGUUUCCUAUCUUGACAGGCAUUAUCCUCAACAUAAGAUAAAGCACCGACCGCUCUCGUGGACUUGGCUAAAGAUGUGGUGCAUCGCGUGGUGGCACAGCGGCCGCGAGGAUGAGGAUGAGGAUGAUGAUGAGGACGAGGUGGGUGGCCCAGAAAGUAGUCGCACAGCUGCUGCUUUUGAUGAUACAUUGACUCCUGUUUCGCUAGAAACACCAGUCGCAAGUGUAAUGUCGCGUUGCGACUCCUUCGGCGUCGUUCAAUCGACAAGCCUGAAUCUUGACAGGCUUGAACAGCAAGCAGAAUACGUAAGGCCAUCGGCGUUACGAGCUUCCGGGGCAACGAGCGCUGGCACUAUCGCCAGCAAGAACAUGACGAAUGACUCGGUGUAUACGAUAUUAAUAAGGUUACCAGCACCACCAGUUCCACGCGGCAAGGAGGCGCAAAUCCUGGGUAGAUACGGAACCGUCGAAGCACCCACCAUAAAAAUGUUCGCAGACGACGUGAUAAGCUUUCAUCCAAUGCGCUCAAAUGUAGAGUUAAACAAUUCCAAUCAAGAGAUCAUAGUAACAACGAGCAACGACGACGGGAAAGCUCUGAUGCGUCGACCCUCCCAAAUGCAAGACGUGAGGAUACCACUGAGCGCCAAAAACAUCGGAAAAGUUGUGAGUAAGAGUCCAGCUUCUAAAGCGCCAGCAAAAAAGAAAAAAAAGUCUCAAGAAAAGAAAGCAGCCAAGACACUUUCGGCUAUUCUCGCGGCCUUCAUUUUCACCUGGACACCUUACAACAUUCUCGUACUCCUUAAGCCUCUGACGGCCUGUACAGGUUGUAUACCCCAAGAGCUUUGGGACUUCUUCUAUUAUCUCUGCUACAUUAACAGCACAGUCAACCCAGUCUGUUAUGCUCUUUGUAAUGCUACAUUUCGUAGGACCUAUGUACGCAUUCUCAAGUGUAAGUGGCAUAGCAGAAACAGAACUGCAGUGAAUCGAGGCUACUAAGGAUGUAUUCUUUUGAUCAUUUCAUUUACGAAAAAGCUCUGAGCUCGCUUAUUCACUUUUUUCU